AUGAGAUACCAAGCCAGUAUAUACCGUUGGAUUGGACCACAUAACAGACUUGUUCAGAUGCUAGGUCAUUAUAGGAAAAGUUUUAUCAUCUACCGCGAUAUUAAACCGCGAGAUCUUCUGUCAGGUACGACUUUCAAUCUCCAUGUUAUCGUUAAUUUCUCUAGUUAUUCCUUAGAUAGUUCAAAGCCAGCCUCUGGUGAAGGAACCUGUUCUUUUCUUCCACGGCAUUGGAGAGAUCAACUAAUACUGCACACAGAUAUUUUCGCAACUACCCCUAUGAAGAGUUUCCAAGUGAUGAGGUUGGAUGUCUUUUUACCCAGAAAAGUUCCCAAUAUAUCUAGUACCUUGAUAUGGAAACUAUGGUUAUUCAGCGGAUGUGCAAACCUUCAAGGUUGGAACCUUGGAACUGCCCGGGCUAUUAUUUUCUCACACAGUCAACGCUAA